GUCCAUUUUAGUAUUUAUAUGAAUUUCUUCUCGGCCCCUUCGGCGGCUAGUAGUUCCUUUAUUAGCAUUAUGCGUUUGUUACAUGUUUUUUUGGGUUCUAAAUCGAGGCCGAGAAGAGAAGAUAGAAAAGACUAAGAAGAGAGAUCGACACUUAAAAAAGAGUUUCCAUUGUUUCAACCGAGACUGAGAAGAGAAGACUGACGAUUGAGAAGACAAGACAAGUAGAGAAACCAACGACUAAGAAGAGUUUUUCAGCCCAAGUCGUCGAAGACCUGAAGCAGAGUUACUGAGGGCUGGGAGGAAGCAAGGUGUGAUAUACGAAAAAUGAUGAAUAACAAAUGGGAAAUUAUUCACAUUCCCGACAAACCACCAGUUCCACCAAAUCAACAACCCACUGCUGAUGUUUUUGCUUCAGUGAUAGAGCCAAAGCUUGCCAACACUAUUGUAAGACGAUUAAAUCAAAUAGCACCAUUGGAGAAUCUCCGCCAUGUGAAGCGGGUGCGGAAGAAUUGCAUAGAUGGAGGCAAGAAUCAAAUAUCCAUCAUCUUAUGUGUUGCACUUAAAGGUGAGAAUUGGUUAGAGGGCACACCAGAUGGCAUACUUGAGCUAAUAAAUGCCUACCAGUUGAGUCCCUUCAUUGCAAAAGUAGCUAAGUAUGCUGCUUUGUCAAAGGAAGAGUGGGAGGAACAAUGCAAGCUUUGGCCAACGUCGUAUCAUCCACCAACCUACAAUAUUGAUGGCAUUACUGGGUUUAGUGAAGAUGAUUCACAAUCAAUCUUCAACUUUAUGAAGGUAGCAAUUGAAUUGACAAGUUCUAAUCCUUUUAAUCAGAUAGUCAAUGCUGCAGUUAUAGUGGAUCCUUCAGUGAGGCAGGUAAUUGCAAGUGCAUAUGAUCAGACAUGCUAUGAGCAUCCUUCUGUAAAUAACACUUCAGGAACCAGGUUUUCUUGUCAACCAGAAAUAUGCACUGCCUUGCAAUCUGAUGCAAACAGGGUCGAAAUGAAUGAGCAGUCAAUCUUAAAUCGUAUAGAUCAAUGCCCACUCUCAUAUAGUGGUGUUUCUUGUCUCUAUCCUUGGCAGUGGAAAGAGAAGCAUCAAUAUGCAGGAAAAAAUUAUGCUUGGCAUCCUUUAAGACAUGCUGCUCUUGUUGCUAUUGAAAAUGCUGCUGCCAGGGAUAGACACCUAUUUCCUGGUUUAGGUAACUCAGGCCUCUCCAUUCAAGUGGAUCACAUGCAGUCUUCUUCUAUUAUCAAUCCGGCAAAAAGACAAAAGAUUCCUUCAGAAGUUGCUGAAGACAUGACUCUUAAAGCCUGUACAGAUGGCUUCCAUUCAGAAGCAGUUCGGCCUUAUUUGUGCACUGGUUUUGAUAUCUACCUGGUUUGGGAGCCAUGUGCAAUGUGUGCCAUGGCACUUGUUCAUCAAAGAAUCCGGCGUAUAUUUUAUGCAUUUCCAAACCCUAAUGCUGGUGCAUUGGGCAGUGUCUACAGACUACAAGGGGAGAAAAGCUUGAAUCAUCAUUAUGCUGUUUUCAGAAUUUUGUUACCUGAAGAAGUCUUUGGUAAAAAAUUCAUUUAAAUGUCAAUCGCCAGCAAUGGCCCUAGCUGUGCAAUUAUUUUAAAUUAAAAAUUAUUUUGUGAGGCAUUGUGAGGCCAUUCUCAUGUGUAAACUGUGUACUAUAUAUUUUUCAAUUAGCAGCUUUAUCAUUUUAUCCA